GCAUGCAUGAGCAUGAGACGUGUUAUUAGUGUUUUGUUUCCAUUUGUACAAAAUCUAACUACUCAAAAUUCCACUUUAAUGGCCGUAAUAAUUUUUCUCAAAAUAAAAUCCACCUUGUAGUUAUUGAGAACAGGCAAGAAUUCUAGUAUUCACUCCCCUAUAAAUUCCAGAGCUUCACUGGUAGUCGAAGGCUGUGAAACCCAUACAGAAGAGAAGAGGAAAAAUGGCAGCAGCGGAAGGAGUAUGUCUUCAUCAUAUAGCUAGGGAAACAUCAGACCUGAAACGCCUAGCUAAAUUCUAUCAGGAGAUCUUAGGAUUUGAGGUGAUUGAAAGCCCUAAAUUUAGUGAGUUUGAGGUGGUUUGGCUGAGGCUUCCCCCUGCUUUCUCUCUGCAUCUCAUCGAGAGGAACCCAGAAUCAAGGCUCCCAGAAGGACCUUAUAGCACCCCAGAGCCGAUCGCUAACCCCAAAAAUCUCCCAAGAGGGCAUCAUAUCUGUUUUGCCGUCUCCAACUUUGAUUCCUUCGUUCAAACCCUCAAGGAAAAAGGAGUUGAAGUCUUUCAGAAGACCCAGCCAGAUGGGAAAACAAAGCAAGUAUUCUUUUUUGAUCCGGAUGGUAAUGGUUUGGAAGUUGGAAGCUGGGAAGCUCCAAAAAUGUGAGGCUGAACCUGUAUAUUUGAUACCUGCCAUCAAGAACACAAUUGUGUAGAUGAAACUAUUGACUUUCUAUGUAGACAAACUGGUUGUAAUUGGCUUUCCUAUGUGAACUUAUGUAUACUUCUAAUGAUUUUGAUCUGCUUUUUGUGGAUGUGUCUAUCCAUCCACUGUAACCAAUUAAACCCGCACUAAUGGGUAAUAUAUGAUUGUGAUCCAAGCUGAGGCAGGGGAAA